CAAAACCCUUUAAAGGUUCAGUACUUGACAUCUUUCUUUGCUAAUCGGAUCAUUUCGUCUUGUUCCCAGUGUCUUCCCUGACAAGAACACUAGGCCAUGUAACGCCCACUUGAUAUCAACGUGAUGCCCUCCUUCAGUAUUGAGGCCGAGGGCGAAACCAAUCCUCUCACGCGGCAACUGGUCGUUUCCACUCUUACCAAUGCUUCACAACCCGCUGCUCAUACGCUGAAAGUUGCCACGCAACAAAUCGCCAACUGGGAGAAAACACCUGGAUACUAUGCUCUGCUUCAAGACAUCUAUGCCGAUCUUUCUCUCGGCCAGGACGUGAGAUUUCACGCCAUCAUUCAGCUGAAGAAUGGCAUAGACAAAUAUUGGCGCAAAACCUCUACCCACGCCAUCGGCAAGGACGAAAAGCAACAGAUCAGAACGAAAUCAAUCGAAGCUGGUGUCAGAGAGCCCGUCUCUGCCCUCGCUCUUCAAAAUGCGCUCAUGUUGGCAAAAAUUGUUAGGUACGAAUUUCCACAUGACUGGCCCGAUGUCAUUCAUACCAUCAUUCAGCACCUUCAAGCCGCAAGUCAAGAUCCUAACGCCGGCCUUUACACAUCCAAUAUCCUGACGAUAACGUUACAAAUCAUAAAAGAACUGGCCUCCGGACGGCUGCAACGAACAAAGAAGAGCCUGCAACAAGUGUCGCCUGAACUGUUGAGAGUUCUUGGUAGUCUCUACGUGGACCUGGUCUCAAGGUGGCAGCCUCUAUCAGUAACAUCCGACCUGGCAAGUACACGAAAUAGCUAUUCGGCCUUGAAGACACUGAGACGUCUCCUCGUUGUAGGCUUUGAGAGUCCUCAUCGUGAGGACGAUGUCAUACAAUUCUGGGCACUACUGCAGUCACAUCAGGACAGCUUUUGGUCAGCAUGUACCCAGGAUGGCUCCGCAGACGCCAAAACCAUGCUGAUGAAACAUCUGCUGCAACUUUCCAAGCUAUACUUGGAUAUGGCUCGCAACCACCCCGCCUCGUUCGUCCUGCUUGGCUGCACAGACAUACUAAACCGAUCUUGGAGUAUCGUCAGUCAAACAGACGCCAAAAUACUGCAGAACAACUUUGACUGGGGCGUCUACCGCGAUGGAGACAUCGAUAAUGAAUCUUCUGGCGAGGCACCUAUCGAAAAGCUAUCGCUAAAGGCAUUGUUGUUGUUUCGGGCGUGCCUCAAAAUGGUAUUCAAUCCUGUGCACACUUUCCGAUAUCAGACGCCCCAGGACAAAGAGGAUCGAAAAAAUGCUGUGGAGUUCGUUAAGGACAGCGUGCUCCAGGACGCAUUCGUCAUGCAGCUCAUGGAGAUCCUGGUAACACAGUACUUCGUCCUCCGUCCUUCGGACCUGAGGGAGUGGGAGCAGGAACCCGAUGAAUGGGAGAGGAGGGAAGAGGAGAUUGCCGAUGCGUGGGAAUUCUCCAUACGGUCCUGUUCGGAAAAGCUGUUCCUGGAUUUGGUCAUCAACUUCAAAGAGCUCCUCGUUCCCCGACUACUUGACGUAUUUCACCAAUAUGCUGUCACGUCCAAUACCAAUGUCCUUCUGAAGGACUCUCUCUAUUCGGCUGUCGGUAUUGCCGCUGCCUGUCUGGAAGACGUUCUGGACUUCAACACCUUCCUCCGCACGACCCUGGUACCGGAGGUGCAAAUGCUACAACCAAACUACAAUCUUCUCCGACGCCGAACAGCAAUACUCCUGGGUCAGUGGGUACCCAUCAAGCCUGAGGCGAUAGACCGGGUGGCCGUCUACCAAAUAUUCACGCAUUUGCUUGCCAGCGGCGAAGAGCUGAACGACCACGUCGUACGUGUCACAGCUGGUCGACAACUUCGCCUUGUACUUGAGCCAUUCGAAUUCAACUUCGCUGAGUUUCAGCCAUACGCAUCUCACCUUCUGAAGAGUUUGAUGUCCCUGAUAUCGGAAACCGAACUAUCAGAAACCAAGAUGGCACUCCUGGAGACCGUCAGGGUAGCCGUCACGAAGCUAGAAGGUCACAUCGAGCCGUACGCCCCUGACAUCAUGUCUAUGCUACAGCCUCUUUGGAUUGACUCCGGUGAGGAGCAUCUCAUGAAACAAGCCAUUCUGACCAUGGUGACCGCCAUCGUCACCAGCCUUGGGCAGAAGAGCCUGUCUUACCAUGUCGCUAUUCUACCUAUCAUCCGCGAUUCAGUUCAGCCAGACUCCGAAGCGAUUGUCUACUUGCUUGAGGAAGCUCUCGACUUGUGGACCGCCAUAAUACAGCAGACGCCAUCCGAUCAAGCAUCGCCCGAGUUGCUCACUCUGUCUCACUCUCUGUUACCGUUACUCGAUAUAGGGAGUGAACUACUUAGGCAGAUAUUCGAGAUUGUCGAAUCAUACAUCAUGCUAUCACCAACCACCAUCUUGGAACCGAAAUUCCUCACACCGCUAUUGGGGUCGAUGAAAGAAUUGUUGUCCAUGCUCUCGUCAAGUCGUACCCGUGAUGCAUCUCUGGCGCCCCACGUACUGGAGAACCUUGUUGCCACCAUUGCCGUUGGAGGCCACCUCGACCCUCAACAGGGUUUCACACACCUGUUGGGAUCGAUGGUCAACACAGGUUAUUUGGCGUCGUUGUUGGCCCUGUUGAAGCAGGCGUACGACUAUCACCAGGAUCCGCGGGUCAAUCGUCGACCACCAGAUCUCAUCGGUCCGGGCGAGACAACACUAUUCACACUCCUUGCGCGCAUUGCGCUGCUAUCUCCGGACCAGUUCGUCCAAGCUGUUAUCGCGACGAAUGUGAACUCUGCGCCCACACCGUCACCCAUGCACUGGCUGGUGACCGAGUGGCUACAGUCCAUAGAUGGCAUUGGUGACGUCCUGCGAAAGAAACUGCAGGUCCUAGCAUUGACGAGCCUGUUGACUACAACGACGUCUCCCUGUCCAGACCUCAUGCUGGACAAUUUGCAGUCCCUGUUGACCACCUGGACGGACGUUGUGCUCGAGUUGGGACAGGACGCUUCGGAUGAGAGCAAGGGCGAUUACCUCUGGCAUAACACGCCAGGAAAUAUGCCUGAAUGGCCAGAUGCUACGCCGGAAGAUGGUCGGAAGAGAGUGGUCAGUAACGGGGACCCGAUCUAUACCGUGAAUAUCCGCGAGUUUAUUGCUAGUACGUUACGGUUGACGAUGGAGAGCGCGGGUGGCCCGGCGGCAUUCGAGCAUGAGUGGCUAACUAGAGUUGACUCGGUUGUGCUCAAGGCUUUUGUGGAUUUGAAGCUGCUGUGAGAGAUAAGAUUGUGGACGGAACGUCUUGGUUGCUGCUGGGAGGUUCCUGGCUUCUAUCGGUUUCACUGGCAGAUCAUCAGGCUUGCAUACCGGGGUUUAAGACACCUGUAAGCGACUCUAGCAUGGCAUGGCAUAGCGUAGCGGGUUCAUGUUUGUGAGCGUCAAGAAAAUUUCAUUCAGGC